AUGUUGCUAUCUCAACUUCUUCUCGGGCUCAGCGCUGCUGCUUCUGCCAAUGCAGCGAACUCUUGGAUUGUACCAGGCGCUGCCUGGAUGUCGACAUCAAACACUAAGAUUGAUGCUCAUGGAGGAAUGGUCCUCAAGCGAGGCGAUACUUUCUACUGGGUCGGACAAAGCGCAAGCCAUAAUGAGCAACCUUAUAUGUACACGUCAACUAACUUGCUCGACUGGGCUCCCGCCAGCAACCCACAAAACUCUAUUCAGUACAUGUGGAGGCCGAAACUUGCGAAACCGAAUGGGUCUUUCUGGAUAUACGGACAGGUCGACCGCAAUGUCCAAGCACUUAAGUCAUCCACGAUUGCCAACGGAUACGCGAUCUCAGGAUCAAAAGUCACUCUGCCUCCCAGCAGCUACACUUACUCCGACACGGGAAUGUUUAUGGACGACGACGAAACAUGGUACCUCCUCACCUCAGCUGACCACAACAACGUCCAAAUCAACCGCAUCAACAGCGACGGCACCAUCGGCUCCCGCGUCAAUUACCUUGCAAAAGGUGCCUACGAAGCUCCUGGCCUAUUCAAAGUUGACGGCACCUACUACCUCAUCGUAUCAGGGAAAACAGGCUGGCGCUCCAACCCCAACCAAAUGUUCUACGCAACCUCCCUCUCCGGUUCAUGGAGCGGCCCUUACGGAAUUGCUCCCGAUGCGGAGAAAACGUAUAAUUCACAAAACACAUUUGAGCUAACGAUCAAAGGAAGUAAGAAAACGACGUAUAUUUACAUGGGGGAUUCUUGGGAUUCUAAGGGUGGGCCGGACUCGAAUUAUGUGUGGUUGCCGAUGACGGUGGACUCUAAGAAUAAGAAAGUUACAUUGGAGUACCAUGCACAAUGGAAGAUUGAUGUCGACACAGGAGAGGUAUCAUAUCCGAGUAAGAAGCGGAGAUAUGAGGCUGAGCAUGCGGAGAUUUCGGGCAAAGCUGUGGCGAGAGACUGUGAUCACUGUCUCAGUAAGCGCGGAGUGCAUAAUAUCGAUCCUUCCAGCGAAGUCACUUUCCGGAAUGUGGCCGGCUUGGGGGGGAGACAGUGGGUGCAGUUCCACUACCGAGUCGCGGACAAAUUCGCUGGUGAAGCGCAUGUCUUCGUCAACGACGAGCCUGCUGUCAACAUCUCUUCGCUGAAUCACCGAGCCGGGUGUCAUGAUGUUGUUCCUAUUGAGUUGAAUCUCAGAGAAGGUGCUGUUAAUACGAUUACUUUUGGUACUAGUGGUUCCACAGAGGCGGGGAUUGUUCUUGAUGGCAUUGAGGUUGUAGAAGAUUAA